CAAAGACACGGUACAGUGUAUGCAAAAGUAAUCCCCGCCAGGAGAAUCUCUAACACACGCAAUGGAAACAAAAAGGCAAAAAUGGCAUGUAAAACACAAAAAUGCUCCUGUAUAAUUAUAUAAAAACAAACCUUAAGAACCAAAAACGUAUCUACUCAAUGCCUUUGCAGAAGACAGAGCAUCAAAAGAAACACACUUAAGGGCCCGACGAAACAGUCAAGAAGACAGAAAUCAAAACAGUUCAGUCCUGGUGGGAUUUAAAAACUACUCAUCACAGUCCUCCCUCUCUUCCGUCAGACACAACAAGUCAAAUGGUUUAUCGCGGCCAGAAAUUUGUACAAACCGGACAGAAGUUGCGAAAUUGUCAUUUGUGCAGGAAAGAAGCGUUUACCAUAAUGUCCAGUACUGGACAGGUAUAGUGACCAUGCACGGACACAGCCAGUUUUCUCAGAGGGGGUCCGAUCCCCUGCACCCCCCCCCCCCCCCCUGGAAAUUUUGAAAUUUAGCACUUCAUUUUUUUUGCAUUCUGGGGCAGUUUUAUGGACUAACCUGUUAAAUUUGGGGAAAAUGAUAAUGAGACCUGUUUCACCCACAAGUAAAGAAUUCACAGGUCCAUCAUGAAAUAUUUUCCCCAGCACGUAUAUACUUGUCCUAUUCAAAAUGAUCGCGGCCUCGCCGGCCGCGAUCAAUAAAAGAGGGAGUCAUAGUGUCCAACGGGUUGAACAAUAAACACGCGGUAAGUUUAUCCGAAUAUUCAAUUUAUUUGAAUGUUUUGACCUGUAUCAUAUACAUUUGUAAUAUCAGAAAAUCUAAACAUAAUGAAUAAUUCCAUCAUGAAAUGAAAACAAUUUUGAGAAAAUCCCUAGGAUUUAGUUCACAGCCAUUGUACAUCACGUACACUUAGGCCUACAAUAUCUUAUGAAGACAGGAACUUAUCAUGUAGUCUUAAAGGUCUGGAUCAGAACCUUGUACUGUAUCUUGUAUUUUACUGGUAAUCAAUGCAGCUUCUUCAGUACCGGUGCAAUAUGAUUGUGACACGUCCUAGUGAUAACACAAGCCAAGAAAAUACAUUUCGACAUUCAAGAAGCGCCACUGUGUCUACCUGAUAUAUCUUCACUUCGCUUGCUUUUUACAUUUUAUAUAAAGUGGUUUAAAGGUUGGAUAUAUAUACUUGCAAAUAACAUGGAUAUUUCUAUGGCAGAACGCACACAAACACACAGACAUGAGAGUUAUAAAUGGAUCCUACUUUUGACUGCUACAGCAGUGACGAUGAUUGAUUUUGGUCUGGUGUUUUCUUUCGGUACCAUGUUUGUUACAAUGAUGGAGACCUUUCAAACAGGUCGUGCUGCAACAGCAACCGUACAGUCCAUUCUUAUUGGAGUCACACUAGGCUUUGGUGCCGUCAGUGGAGUCAUCGUAUCUAAGGUAGGACUACCAGUAGCAACGUUUGUAGCGAGCUUGAUGGUUCCAUUGGGGUUCUGCUUAUCAUUCUUUGCUAACGAGGUUGUUAUUAUCUAUUUCACUAUCGGACUUGUCUCGGGUAUAGGUAUAUCUUUGGCAUACAUCAGUUGUGUCGUGGCUAUUGACUGUGAGUUUUCUGAAUCCCAAAGGACUUUAUGCUUAUCUAUAUUGAACACUUCGUAUGUUGUUGCUUCAAUUGCCUAUCCAUAUUGUUUAGAAUGGUUAACAGAACAAUAUGGUCUAAAAGGGACCUUUCUAAUUCUUGGUGGAUUCACUCUAAACACAUUAGUUUUAUUUGUAAUGUGUUUUAUAAAUCGAGAAAAAUCCAAAAAUAACAAAACAUUUGCUCGUCAAGACGCUGAAAAUGAUUACAAUGUUCCAUUAAAGGAAAGAGAGCCCUUCAAAUUCCUACGAUACAGGAUAUCGAAUGCAUUUCUUGAUUUUAAGAAAUAUUUGUCAACGCCUUAUCUAUUCAUACUUGUUGCAACUGGAAUUUUACUCAGUUCUUUAGAUGGAUAUUUAGCCCUGAUGCUUGACAUUGCUUUAUGGAAACAGAUUGAUUCUUCACGUGCACUGAUCUCCUUUGUGAUAUAUUCAAGUUUUACUGCCGGUUCGUGUCUUGUUCCAGGUCUAUUAAAACAAAAGAAAGGAAUAAACUCUUGUGCAUAUCCUAUAUUUUCAUCCCUGACCGGAGCUAUAGGUAUGAUGAUUAUAUAUUUUGCAAAUGAUCAUAUUACUUUCAUGACUGGAACUUCUCUGGUUGGCGUUGGAUGUGGUGGAAUAUUGUCGUCUUCAAUGAAUGCAGCUGUGAAAAUUGUAGAGAUAGAAUUUGUGCCUGUCGCAACCGGAUUACUUCUUACUGUCAAUGGAUUGCUUUCAGUAGGUACCGGACCUUUGUUCGGUUGGCUAAGGGACACAACUAGUUCCUAUAGAAGUGUUCUUAUAAUAAUCAUGACUUUACAUGGAGUUUCUGCCGUCCUGUACAUGUUAGCUUUGAUAUUCCGAAGACUUGACAAAACUAAAGCUAAACAAAAUAACAUUCAACAUACAGAAAGUCAAGAAAGAAAUAUGAACGACGCGCUGUUGUUUUGAGUUCAAAAUGCAACAGUUUAUGUACUAGUAUUUAACCAGUUGAGUUAUAAAAUUACUUAAUUUACUUUAAUAUGUGUCACAGAAGAUAAGGAUGUAAGUUUUUAUUUUUAUAUACGAAUUUUCAGAUUGAUUUGCAGUCAGUAGUGCUUUCAACACUAAAUUUAUUGAAUCAUACCCGGCUUAUCAUGGAAUUGCACACUAGUGUAUCAUUGAAGACUCCAUGUAUACCGCCGUAUGAACACAUCUGCAGAUGUCUUUAAUUGAUGUUGGUACUUGUUACAUGUAUAAAUGUUGAGUUCUGCUCAAAUCUAGGCUAGAGGGCUUGGACGGUAGCAUGCAUUUCCACUACCGUCCAUUAACAGGUUCAAUCAAACCGAGCAUGCAACAUUUUCAUUUUUGUCGUGUUGAGCGACAUGUGGUGUUUCCAUCUUUUCUAUUUUACUGUUUCACUUGUGAUGACUCAAUCACUUUACCUCUGUUUGUCAUCGCUGUUAACUUUGAUUGAAAUUGCCAUAAAUGAUCAGUACAACUGGUUUUAAAUCUUUGCCAGAGACACAAAUGUUACAGCAACACUCAAACUUAUGAAGAUAAAAAAGUUCUUAAAUAUUGGCAAGAUAAAUAAAUUAUAAAGUUACAUGUUCUGGUAGUUAGUAAGUCUGAUCAUAUUUUAAGAUAUUUGUACCUUAUUACAAAAUUACAUCUUAGUUGAUAGAACUAAAUAGAUAUGUACAUUUUGUAACACCUAUUUUUCCUUUAUCCUACUAAAGUUUGUACACGUGGUUUACAUUUUAUUGAACAUUCGACAUAUACAAGUUAAAGCAUACCAAAAGUUCCUUCUAGGGCACAUCUGUAUAAAUACAAAAUGACCAUCUUGUAAACUUUUGGUUGCAAUGUCUGUUUUAUACUGCCAAAAAAUAUCAGGUAAGUAUUUACUCUAGUUAUUUAACAUAAAUUGUUAAAUCCAACAACAAAUUAAAUCUGUUACCUCUUUCAGUAGAGUAAAUACGGCAAUAAGACAUUGACCUGGUCAAUCUAUUAUGAUUCGAUGUGUGAAUUCAUUGCACAUAAUUAGAGAGUUACAAUGGGGUUUGUUUUCACAUAUUACAUUUUGUAACCAUGCAUUUGAAGGUAAAGAUAAUAUUUGGUUGUUUACAUUUAAAUUUGCUGAUAUAUGUCUAUCUGGUGAAUGUACAUAGGUUAUGUUCAGGAGAAAAUAAAAGAAUCAAUUAAUCA